CCCCACCCAGGCCUCCUCACGCCCCUACCAUGUUCCAGCGCCUCACUAGUCUCUUCUUCAGCACCCCGGUGCCCCCCGAGGACCCCAAUUACCCCCAAGCCUUUGUCUCCGAGGAGGAUGAAGUGGAUGGCUGGCUCAUCAUCGACCUGCCAGACAGCUUCACCACUCCACCCAGCCCUGGGGUCGCUCCUUCCCCCAUGGGCCGCCCUCCGCCUGCGCCCUCCUUGAUGGAUGAGAGCUGGUUUGUUACCCCUCCAGCCUGUUUUACUGCAGAGGGGCCCGGACUCGGGCCUGCGCGCCUCCAGAGCAGCCCUCUGGAAGACCUCCUCAUCGAGCACCCCAGCAUGUCCGUUUACGUCACUGGCAGUACCAUAGUGCUGGAACCUGGGCCCCCUCCCCCGCACCCUGAUGCUGCCCUGCCUGACGAAGACCUUAGUGAUAGGGAGUUGGCGCCUGCUCGCCGUGAGCCCCGGGCCCUGCACCAUGCCGCUGCCCCGCUGCCAGCGCGGGCGGUACUGCUGGAGAAGCCGGGCCAGGUGCGGCGGUUGCAGCGGGCCCGGCAGCGGGCCGAGCGCCAUGCGCUGAGCGCCAAGGUGGUGCAACGGCAGAACCGUGCCCGUGAGUGCCGUCCGCGCCGGCCCAAACACCAGGGCAGCUUUGUCUACCAGCCGUGCCAGCGCCAGUUCAACUACUAAGCCGCCGGCCAUGCCACAAACCCCUCACCGACUCCUGACUCCUAUCCAGCGCCUAUGCCGCAGCCAGUGUGCUGUUCGAGGGUCGCCUGCAGCCCACUUUGGGCUGAACACUACAACCUUCCUCCUUCUUCAGUAUGUGAGGUUGGGUGAUAGGCUCUCUUGCUCUCUCUCUCCCCUGGACUCCAUUUUCCCAUCUGUGAUCCUCUAAUCCACCUCCGAACCUCUUCCCUGCCCUUCGCCCUCCCAUGUUCUGGCCCCCAUGCUCAGCAUCUAAUCCUCCAUCUCCCCCACCACUGACACUCCAUCUUUCCUCCUCUGGUCCCCAUCCCAAUCUCUGUGCUGACAUUCUCCUCCAUCGCUGCCCUCCACUCUUCUACUUCUAGUCCAGUCUUAUUUCUGAGAGUCUCUUUUUUCCCGUCCCAGAUCUGCCUCAUUCCCUACCUUCAAUUUCCACUUUAUAAGCCUCAUCCUAUCUCAUGUUUGGCACUGUGUUCACUCCUGCUCCCUUAUUACUCAUUCCCAGUAAUUCUCCCACUGAUACUAAAGCGUUCUGUCUUUUCUCUCCCCCUUCCCUCUCCUCUGGGGGCUGGGCUCCUUGGAGUUGCUCAGGAAUGGAAAGGUAAAGUAUGUGGAAAAGGACUGUGAGAUGUGAGUUAGAGGGAGAAGAUGGAGGGAAUCUAGGAAAAGAGGCAACCUAUUGGAAAUGUAGACAGGACAGACAGGUUGAGAAGCUAUGUGGAACAGGGCACCAUGGGGGCUGGCACUGUGCUUGCUCAGAGAGGCCAAGCCCUGCUCUCAAGAGCCUGGAAACUGCUCCCACUUCCCUUUCCUAUAAUCUCAGAUCCCAAACCUCUUCUUGAAAUCAGCCCCUCUGCAGGCCCCUGUAUCUGAAGGGCUUAGUUAGAACCUUGCUGCCCUAUCCCCAACAUGUCAGCCCAGGACUAAAGGCUGGGCAAGGCCCUACCAUCCUGGACAUCUGUUCACAUGCCCAAGGUGCUAGAACUAGCUUAGGGGAGAUGAAGGCCAGAGGGAUUCUAGGCAGGGGAAGGACACACCCCAGAAUAAGAAUGCAGAGGAAUGGUGCUGGGGAGGACAAGCUGUGGGAUGAAACCAUUCCAAGACUGACAGCUCAGUCUUCAUCUUGCCUCUGGUCUUGUAUUUCACACUCUGCCCAGGAUGGCUAAUAAACACUCCUGGGUAGGAGGCCAGGAGCCCCACUGCCCCAAUUCCCAAAUAGUCCCUUACCAGAUUCAGGGCCUUUAGGAGGCCUCUCUUCAUUUUCUGUCCCAGGGCUCUUUUCCUUUCUAGUCUGCUGGGGAGAAACAGGUACCCUAUGGUGCCCUUUCCCUUCCCUUCUCCUCCAGUAAGUAACAGAAGGUGGGAACCUGAAUUCCUGGGUGAGGCAAAAGGGACAGGGCAGCCAGCUUUCCCCUUCUCAUGGUGGGAUUGAAUUUUGGGCUCAGACACCAGCAAAAGCCUCUUGGGAUGCCCCGAGUUGCUUCCCUUUCCCUCUAACUGUCCUUUUCCAGUGUGUGCUCUUUUUCCCGAAACUUUUAAGAUUUCCUGUUACAUACUAAUGUAAGUCUUCCCCCUCACUCCAAUUUCUAGGUUUCUAGGCCUCACAGCUAACCUGAGGUUUGGAGAAAACUUUGCAAUUCCAUGAGGGCAAAGGCAGCUGCCCUCCCUGACCCCAUAACCCUAAGCCCCGUGUCAGGUGUGUAGAUAAGGUAGCGGGUAGCCCCAUGGAUGCUGGGAUAGGGACAGAGGAAGCCCUGUUGGGGUCUCCUAUCCAAGGGAGUAAGCCAAAUUUAUACUAAAAGCAGAUCAAAGUCCCCAUGCCAGUCCACAAGGGCCCCAGUAGUUGACAGCCUUGCUCCUCUCCCCAAGGUUCUCCUUCAGUUACAACCUAGUCCUUUUUAUUCCAGCUAAUUCUUGGUUACUUCACAGCCAGCUUAGGGUCUUCAGCACUUCCAAGAGCUGAAACUCCUUCCAACUCUUCCUUCCUACUCCUUCACUACCAGCUGGAGCCUGGGUUAAGUUCUAGGCAGUGCUCAUGAUCCUUCCAGAGGAGGAAGAGUGAGUUAUAGGGCAUUUGGCUCAAAUUUCAAAAGGCCCCUAUCCUACCCAUAUUUCUGGAGGCUCUUGUAGUUCUAGAACCCUCCAACAUCAUCACCCGGCUGGUUGCAAGGCUCGUAUGUUUUCAUACUUUCCUAUAGUUUCUGUAGCAUUUGAGUGUGGCAAUAUUUUAAUUGUGUAUAGAUUUCUAACAAUCUACACUACUCAGUCUCCUGCUAGUCUGACUCCUGAAGCAUCACACCUCAUCAUACUGUAUUGACUGUGUAUGUGCCUUUCACCUUGAGUAUGCUUCAGGGUUUUUUUUUUAACCACAGAACUUGAAUACAUGAGGGAACCAGAAUUCACAAAGUCCUAUGCAACAUUAGACAGGCGGGGGUUAGAGAGUCUGUCUUGACUGAUGUUUCCCUGGAGAAGUUUGUUCCAGGUUGUGAGUAUUAAUUAAUGUCAAUACUACCAGCACUUUGCCAAAACUGAGUAUUUCAGAGGGACCCCUGUUGCUAGAGUGAGUCCCAGUUACAUCAAAAGACAACUUCCAGUAACCCCCCAAUACACGAGUGCUCUCUUCAAGCUGGUGUCAUUUUCAGCCUUUGCCAAUCUGGCCCCAGCAGAGUAGCACAUGUGUAUGAAUGGAGUUUGCUGCUGUUUUGGAGUAUGCCUGCUCCCUGGCCCCCACCUGGAACCCCGAUUAAUUUGCUCUGACUCAUAAUAUUAGGUGCAAUAAGGACACCACCAGAGCUCUUGGAUGACUCCUAAGAUCUAUGUGGCUUUAUGUGAGGGGACUGAAUGCAGACAUACCAUACAUAGCCCCUUUUAUCAUCCCUCUUGCCCUGCCACUUGGUUCCAAAUGGAACCAACAAGCUGGCUGUAUCCCUCUUGGGUGUUUUGUUGUUGUUGUUGAUACUGGCUGAAAUGAGACUCUGGUUGACCAUGUUGUGACAUGUUGACAGACUCAAGGACACAACACCUCAGCCUGGUCAUGUGGCACGUCUGUGUAUGUGUGUAACAGGAUUCUGAUUGUUAGACUGUAAUGUUAUUCCUCUAUGGGAGAAAAAAAAUUAAUAUAAAGAAAAAUAAAAAUCUAUUUAAAGCACA